AUGAGGAUCUACAAUCCAAAGCCACAGUAUGUUCCUCCUCUUAACUUCUCGCUUGUGGAAGACGGGAUCUAUCGUUCAGGGUUUCCUAUGCCCAUCAACUACACGUACUUGAAGCAAUUGGGCCUCAAGACCAUCAUAUACGUGGGCGACUUGGGCCACGACAGGAAGAAGGAAAAGAAGGAAAAGGACAAGAAGGACAAGGACAAGAAGGAGAAGAAAGAGAAGAAGGACAAGAAAGACAAGCAGUCCACGGAGGAAAUCAUGCAGAAAUACAGAGAGUGGAUCGACACCUCCACCAACAUCACCUUCCACAACUUGUUGAUGGAGUCGUCACAAGAGCCGUUCAACUCGCCAGAAAUCCUGAAACAGGCGCAGGAGUCAUUAUCGAAGGCAUUGCAGUUGGUGUUGGACAAGAGAAACUUUCCAAUCUUGAUCCAUUCCAACAAAGGUAAGCACAGAAUAGGACUCUUGGUGGGGUUGAUGAGGAAGUUAUUGCAGGGAUGGUGUCUCAGUGGUAUCUUCGAGGAGUACGAAAAGUUUGCCAUGGGCAAGUCCGAAUUCGAUCUAGAGUUGAUCGAGUGCUGGCAGCCUGAAUUGUGGGUGGAAGACGAAUGGAAGCCCGACUUUGUGAGGGUAUAA